CAAAAUUUCAAACUCCCUCCACUUUGGUUUAAAAAACCCAAUGAAUGAUUUGUAUCUCAACACCGUACCCUUACACCCUUACUCUAUCUUUUCACUAUGCGCACCGCGGCUCCCCCCUCUCUAACCCUAGCAAGUACUCUGUUGCAAUACCAUUUCAGCACCGCCGGUCGAGUAGCAGGCAGGAGUCCAUCAUCCACCAAAUGCAUUCAAUCGGCCUCAAAUCACUCAAUUAUCCUUCACCGUCUUUCUCAAUCGCAUCAAAGCCUAAGUGUAGCAGGCUGCUAUACGGAAGAACACAUCUUACAAUAAAGAAGUUAUGUGUAAAUUUAGAAGUGACAUACACAAGAAGUCUUAGCAGUGGCCAUGGCUCUUCUGAAAGUCUUCAAAGCUCAAGAUUUAUUGUGUUCCAGAAAUGAAUUCAAUUUGGCUGGAACUCUCGCAAUAGGGGCAUAUUAAACUUUGGCACUCAUUAUUGUCCUGAUUUUUGUGCUCUUUGUUGAAUUCCAGAUUUCACUUACAUGAGGCUAUUAAGAGUUAACCAAUGCCUUCUAUGUAGCUGAAAGUGUUAUAUCUAACAAAACAAAAGCUGCAAUGUCCAAGCUUCUUCUUGCAAUCCGAUACUUGCAUUCAAGCCUCGUUGAUAACUAAGAGAUUACACUUGCACGAACAAUUCUUAUCCCAUCAGACAUAUAGUUUUAGCUUUCAAAUAUUUUGUACACAUUUUCAACAAUACUGAUGUGGUGUAUGAUUUUUUUUGGAAUAUUCUUAUGAUACACUACAUUUUAAUGUGGG